CUGCCACAAAGCUCCAAAGUCUUCUUCUUCAUCUCCAAUGGCAGUAAAAGUCAGAAUCCACCGCUCCAUCAAUUCCUCUUCUUCUCCAAAUGAUCUCUCAAUCUCAUUCUCAUCAUCUUCUUCUCACUCAAUCAUCUUCCUUCUCAUUCGUCUUCCUCCCAAAGCUCAUCACCAAACCUACUCACUCCCUCUCCUUUAACUCUCAGUCCUCAAUGUUCCCUUCUCUCUCUCUCCGUCCACCUAACCCCACCACCACCGCCGUCUCCGUCUCCGACAACAACCGUCUUCUCAGUUCCGAUCCAGUCCCUCCUCUCCGUAUCGCCAUUAUCGGGUUUGGCAACUACGGCCAAUUCCUCGCCGAAACCCUAAUUUCUCAAGGCCACAUUCUCUUCGCUCACUCCCGAUCCGAUCACUCCUCCGCCGCUCGUCGUCUCGGCGUCUCGUACUUACCCGAUCUUCACGAUCUUUGCGAACGUCACCCUGACGUUGUCUUACUCUGUACCUCGAUCCUCUCCAUAGAGAAUGUCCUCAAAACGUUGCCGUUUCAGAGACUCCGUCGGAGCACUCUCUUCGUUGAUGUUCUCUCUGUGAAAGAGUUUGCUAAGACUCUUCUCCUUCAAUACUUACCUGAAGAUUUCGAUAUCCUCUGUACGCAUCCAAUGUUUGGUCCUCAGAGUGUGAAUUCGAAUCACGGCUGGGGAGGUUUAAGGUUUGUGUAUGAUAAAGUCAGGAUUGGGGAAGAUGAAUUGAGAGUCUCAAGGUGUGAGAGUUUUCUUGGGAUUUUUGAGAGAGAAGGUUGUAAGAUGGUGGAGAUGAGUUGCGCUGAUCAUGAUAAGUUUGCUGCUGAGUCGCAGUUUAUAACGCAUACGCUUGGCAGGGUUUUGGGGAUGUUGAGUUUGCAGUCUACGCCCAUUAAUACUAAAGGGUAUGAGGCAUUGCUUGAUUUGACUGAGAAUACUUGUGGGGAUAGUUUUGAUCUGUACUAUGGGUUGUUUGUCUAUAAUAACAACUCCUUGGAGAUGCUUGAGAGGAUUGAUUUAGCUUUCGAGGCAUUGCGUAAGGAGCUUUUUAGUCGACUUCAUGGUGUUGUCAGGAAGCAGUCGUUUGAAGGUGAAGGUGAAACAAACAAAGUUCAUGUUUUUCCAAAUGGUUAUGAAACUGAUGCUUCUUUGGAUUCGAUGAGGUCAGAAGAUGUGUCUCUCAAGUAUGAAUAUAACCCCCAGCUCUCUGGCAGUGUUAAUGACGGUUCGAGGCUCAAGAUUGGUAUUAUCGGGUUUGGCAAUUUUGGACAGUUUUUAGCAAAAACAAUGGUCAAGCAGGGUCACACGGUGUUAGCCUAUUCUAGAACUAACUACACUGAUGAAGCUGCAAAGCUGGGUGUCUCGUAUUUUUCAGACCUUGAUGAUCUGUUUGAAGAGCAUCCGGAAGUUAUUCUUCUCUGUACGUCAAUCCUUUCCACUGAAAAAGUUCUCAAGUCACUCCCAUUUCAGAGACUGAAGAGAAGCACCCUCUUUGUGGAUGUGCUUUCCGUUAAAGAGUUCCCGAGGACUUUAUUUAUUCAAGUUCUCCCACAAGAUUUUGAUAUUUUGUGCACUCAUCCCAUGUUUGGACCAGAGAGUGGUAAAAAUGGAUGGAACCAUCUUUCCUUUGUGUUUGAUAAGGUUAGGAUCGGAACAGAUGAUAGAAGAAAAUCGAGGUGUGACAGUUUUCUUGAUACUUUUGCCCGUGAAGGGUGUUCUAUGGUGGAGAUGUCGUGUGCUGAUCAUGAUUGGCAUGCUGCUGGAUCACAGUUUAUCACACACACAGCGGGAAGGCUUCUGGAGAAGCUGAGCUUGGAAUCUACUCCUGUCGAUACCAAGGGUUAUGAGACAUUGCUAAAAUUGGUGGAGAAUACCGCUGGUGACAGCUUUGAUCUUUACUAUGGACUAUUUUUAUACAAUCCUAAUGCAAUGGAACAGCUUGAGAGGUUUCAUUUGGCUUUCGAAUCAUUGAAGAAACAGCUCUUUGGACGACUACAUUCUCAACAUUCUCAUGAGCUAGCUAUAUCGCCUUCGCUAGAGCUGACUAAGCUAUAAAAUAGCUUAAGUUAAUGUUCUCUCAGUCCUGCUCCUUGACUACUAAUUUUGUAAUCCCAUCUUCACGCAUUACUGUUCUACUCAGAAGAUGGUGCUUGGGAGAAAUUGUUGGUCUUUGAAAGGCUUUGGUGUAAGUUUCUUUCUUUUUUGUAGCUUUAUUUGAUCCUUUAGUGUGUCGUUUGUCCCCCAUACGGGCUUCACGGUCUCAACCGGUUAUCAAUGUUAAACAGAAAUAAAAUGCAAACAAAAUUUUGGGUUUCGAAA